UUUCACUUCCGAGUCAGUUUCCGAUUUAAUGCCGGAACGGCCCAGCGUCGCUGUAUCGUUUCGUGUAUAAUUUUUUGUCUUACUCCGGUGGGGGGAUUUCUUCUCGCCAUCAGCCGCCAGCAUGAAACUCGUGCGAUUUUUGAUGAAGUUGAGCCAUGAAACCGUCACCAUAGAGCUCAAGAACGGAACUCAGGUCCACGGCACCAUCACUGGGGUGGAUGUGUGCAUGAACACUCACCUGAAAGCUGUGAAAAUGACGUUGAAGAACAGGGAGCCUGUCCAGCUGGAGACGCUGAGCAUCCGUGGAAACAACAUCCGCUACUUCAUCCUGCCGGACAGCCUGCCUCUCGACACCCUGUUGGUCGACAUCGAGCCGAAGGUCAAGUCCAAAAAGAGGGAAGCAGUGGCCGGCCGCGGUCGAGGCAGGGGACGGGGCAGAGGCCGAGGAAGAGGGCGAGGCAGAGGAGGACCGAGGAGAUAACUUCGCUCACUGCUGCUGCUGCAAGUGCUCUCCCUCUCUCCAGCAGAGGCUGUCUGUACAGUUUUUUUUUAUUUCGCAGGAAAAUGUUGUGGAUGAUCUCCCAUUUGUUUUUUUAUAUCUAAUAAAAACCAUAUUCCUGAUAA